CGUCUUCCUGAUUUGUUUAGCAUGUGAUUUUUACGUCAUUUUAUGACGUCAUUUCAUACUGACGUCACAGCACUUGACGACAGACGCCAUACACGACUCUCAUCAGUAGGAGGUUUGAAAAACAGACAAUAUUAUCAAGACAGGAAGCAGACAGUAAUUCAUCAUGACACGUGUUGCUAUGGUAACACUUCUCGUCGUCUUUUGUGCAGCACUUAUUGUGGAAGCUAAAUCUUUACAUAAAAAUAAGAGGAACAGUGAGAGUUUCAGACUAAAACGCGGAUUACCAUACGGCUGGGAGAAAAAAUUUGAUGCUAAAAUAAAUGGAUUCAUCUAUAUAAACCACGUCACUGGAGAAACGAGAUCUUCACCUCCAACUCAUGGGUCAAGCGGAACUGGACCAGCUCCAGUACAAGUAUCAGCAAGGGAACAAGGAUCAUGCAAACCAGGCUGGAGAUAUGCGUUUAAUUUCUGUUACUACAUAUCUGCGUUUGCUGAUAUACAAUCCCACAGUGGGGCACAGGCAGCAUGCAAACAACAAGGCGGAGAGUUGUUUUGGUCACAGUUUGUUUUCGAAAGUUUUUUCCUAAAGAAAACUCUUCAAACAGUAAAGACAUCAACCCAUUUUUUCUGGACAAAUGGAGAAAAACACAACGGCAAAUGGGAUUGGGGUACUGGUCAUCCAGCUUUUACUAAUCCUAAAUGGACAUCAGGACAACCUGACGGUUCAGGAACAUGCUUAGCAGUCUACACACACACUGGAUUCUUUGACGAUCAACCAUGUGAAACGCAAUACAACUAUGUCUGCAAGACAAAAGCUUAAUAAUCCAUAGCGCAAAAAAAAAAAUAGAAUACAAAAUACUUUUGAAUGGAAACAGUAGACAUUAAUAUAUUAUUUUAUAUUCUUACAACAGAUAUAUAUUUAUCACAUGACAAGUGCAUGCUGAAAUAAUAUUGAAAUUUAUGAAAACCCUGUAUCGAAAUGACUACAUUUCACUUGUCUAUAUAAAAUAAAGAACUAAAGACAACUAG